AUGUCCGACACUUGUAUUGUGUGUUUAGGAGACCUUGGCGAAAGCGCCAGCGAUCCUCUUGCCGUCUCCGCCGAGGCCGCGCCAAGACUUGAUGUUCAAGUAAAUGGCAGGUCGACCGACACCUCCGUCAAGGCAGAUGGUGUGGAUGGCAGUGAGGAUUCUGGUCAGAUCGCCCAGUUGCUCCCCUGUGGUCAUAUCUUACAUAACAAUUGUCUGAAGCCCUGGGUUGAACGAGCGAACAGUUGUCCAAUAUGCCGCCGCAGCUUCAACGUUGUGGAGCUCAGUGACCGAAUCGGAGGUCCCGUACUCUCCUCCUAUGCUGUGCAGGACCGCGUUCAAGUUGCGGAUGUCGAUCCUUCGAUGGUGAUAGAGUACAUCGAGGAAGACGAUCUUGCCGGAUUCUCACCUUGUCUUAUUUGCGGAGAUUCUGAUAACGAAGAGUUUCUCCUUCUAUGUGAUGGGUGCGAUGCCCCCUCGCAUACGUACUGCCUCGGGCUUGAUACUGUCCCGUCUGGGCCUUGGUACUGUUCAAGAUGCGAGACCCAACGUGCUCGGGCGCUGUCCCCCGACAGUGCGGACAGGUCAUCGCGCGCUCAGGACCGGCGCGGUCGCCGUACGAGGGCACAACAGCGGCAGCUACAGAGCCGUAGUCAGAUGAACUCCCUUCACUGGGCUCGGGUAUGGCAGUCCGUUUGGGAUCACCUUAACCUGGACUUGGAUUUUCCGUUUGAUGAUGAUAGGGCUGCCGAGCGUGCCCGGCAGCAACAACGACGGGAAGAAGCCAAUCAGCGAGAAUUUCGAGCUUGGCAGCGUCGUUUUGAAGUUGCAGAGCGACAAGGAGGUAGUAACCGCUUCAGGGAUACGGCUGCCUUACUCGAUAUUGAGGCUCCGCGACCAUCGCGGCCACGUGUACCGAGGGAGCCAACACCUGAGCCUGAGUCUUUGGAAGAGAUGAGGGCGUGGAAUGCUUUUGAAAGGGCUCGUGAGAUCGAGAAUGAUCCUAGUGCGGCCCGGAAAAGAAAGGAACCGACAAUGUCUCCCUCUCCAGAACCCACCGAGCCUGAACGGAAGCUAAAGCGUCCACGAACCCGCAGAGCUGAAGACUUAGCAGCCUUGGCUACACAGAAUGGCGAGUCUUCCAGGGCUGCUGGUGUCCAGGCUUCCGCUCGAAUCAACGCGGAAACCUCAAGCGAACCAAGCUUCCUUCAGUCUCUGUUGAAAGAAGUCGAGGACGCUUCAAACGACACUACUUCUCAUGGGAAUUCUGCCCAAGUUUCGGUUGCAGCAACUGACCAUGCUACUCCUGGGCCUUCUUCCCCAUCAAUUUCGCCCGUGCCAUCUAACCACUCCUCACCCCGCCUAUCCUCCACGACACCCCCACCUCACCCAAGGAGUAGGCCGAUAUCCCCACUACAGCUCGUGACGCCCACUCAUCCCUCGUCGCCACCGUUUUCGCCCGAUGUCUCUCCAACCCUCUCUACAGAAAUUACACCGUCACAGGGGUUCUCAGACAACACCCGACGCCGUAUUCCAAGGGCAGCAUAUCGCUCGAAUUUAUUGAGGGCGAACGACAAAUCUCCGAGCCGGCCCAAUCUAUCCUUAGCGGUCAAGACUGAUAUACAGAAACUAGUCAGUACAGCCUUGAAGCCGUACUAUCGUUCAAAGACUGUGUCAAAGGACGAGUACACCGAAAUCAAUCGGAAUAUAUCCCGAAUGCUAUAUGAACAAGUGGGCGACGUUGAAACCAUUGGAGCUGAUGCGAAGACCGACUUGGAGACUACUGCGAAGGAGCAGGUUACCAAGGCUAUCGAUGCCUUGAAACAGAGACAUAAGAUGGAGGACAACGACCCUGUUGAUGAUAGUUCUUGA